AUGGGAAAAGACUAUUACAAGAUCCUAGGCGUUGAACGCUCUGCAGACGAUGAUGCCAUCAAGAAAGCCUACAAGAAACAAGCAUUGAAAUGGCACCCAGAUAGAAAUGCUGGUUCGGAAGAAGCCUCUGCUAAAUUCAAAGAUAUCAGUGAAGCAUUCGAAGUCCUUUCCGACAAGAACAAGCGAGCCGUCUUCGACCAGUUUGGAGAAGAAGGACUAAAAGGUGGUGCACCACCACCAGACGCAUCAGGAGUUUUGGAGGAGGAGGCUCUGGCGCUCGAGCAUUCCCUGGAGGCACGCAUUCAUUCAGCUUUACAACAGGAGGUCCUGGGGGCGGAGGCUUCUCUCCGAGCAAUCCAUAUGAUAUAUUUGGAGUUCUUGAAGAAUAUGGGCGGUGCAGGAGGAGGUGGAUUUGGUGGUGGCUUUGACGACGACGAUAUGAUGGGCGGUCACAGUAUGCCUGGUGGAAUGCCCGGUGGAAUUCCCGGCGGAAUCUUUGGAAACCUAGGAGGCAUGGGUGGUACCGGAGCUAGAACCAAACGACGCGGUACUGGGCGCACCGAGCCCGCGAGCCCACAAGAUG